AGCUAUGCGCCACUAGUCGUCGCUCCGAGUCCCUGCGCGACGCCUCGUUUGCCGGGCGUGCGAGAGCCGAGACAAGUGAAGUGAGAUGAGACUGGCAGUUCGGCGCCAGGCGACAACGUAGACUGCCACGACCGGGAGGAGCAGCCGGAGGAGAGGACAACAACGAUCCGAUAGGAGAAAGCUGUCGAGAAAUGAACGCCCCGCGCUGCUCGGGGAGCCUGCCGCUGCCGCCGCCGCUGCUGCUGCUGCUGUUGCUGCUGUCGGCGACAACGUCGCUGGCGCUGGCGCACGACGCCCGAUGGCACCCGUGCGUGGAGGUGAAGCGCGACCUGCGCGUGCCGUGCCGAUGCGCGAUCACCGUGUCCGGCCUCAACAGGACCACGCUCGCGCUAGAGCUCGACUGCGAUCGCAUGAUACUGUCCGACGACGCGCUGGCCAAUCUCGAGGGCCAGCCCAUCAUCUCGUUCAGUCAGCGCGGCUGCGGACACCAGGAGCUGCCCGCCAGUACGCUGGCCGUGCUGCCGGACGGUCUGGAGAAGCUCGACCUCGGCGGCAACCUGAUUCAUCGCGUGAUGGAUCGCAAGCUGCAGGGUCGCACGAGCCUGCGCGAGCUGCGCCUGGCGAGCAACGCCCUGGGCGACAGCUUGAAUCCGAUAUUCUCGAGCUACGAGUUUCACGAGCUGUCGGGGCUGCGGCUGCUCGAUCUGCGAGACAACGGCAUUCGGAGCAUCGAGGAGGGGAUCCUCAAGGGCUGCAGCCAACUCGACGAGCUCUACCUGGACGGGAAUAGCCUGAGGCAGCCGCCGAUCGACUCGCUCAAGGGGCCCGCCGCCCUCAAGACGCUCGGCCUCGCCGGAAACGACAUCGCCACGAUACAACGAGGCGCGUUCUCGCCGCUGGCAGCGCAUUUGCAACGGCUCGACGUCAGCGGCAACGAGCUGUCGCACCUGGAGGACGGGGCGUUCUCGGGGAUGGCGGCACUCUCAUUCCUCAAUCUAUCCAACAACGAGCUGCAGCACCUGAACAGCGAUGUGCUCAAAGGGGCAUACAACCUCAAGCAGCUCGACAUAUCGUCCAACUUUUUGGAGCAAUUCCCGACCGAGGCGCUUCGCCACCAAAGAAUCCUUCAGUCGCUUAACUUUUCCAAUAAUCUAAUAACUGAACUCGAACGUGCGCAUCUGACGAGCGUGAGAAGCGUCGAGGUGUUGGACCUGAGCCGCAACAACAUCGGGCGCUUAGGCGUCAACACUUUCACCGAUCUCGCAUCCUUAGUUCGGCUUGACUUGAGCCUCAACGCCUUGCGCGCCAUCGAAGAGUCGGCGUUCGAAGGACUGCUCAACUUGAAGCGGCUGUCGUUGCAAGACAACAACAUACUCCUCGUGCCGUCGGCAGCACUGGCGCGCCUGCCGGCGCUGGUCAAUUUGCAGCUGGAUUACAACCGAAUCGCGGUAUUGUCGAGCGAGCUCGUUCACGCCAGUGCGCCUCGCCUCAUAACUUUCAGCCUGACACACAAUCUUGUGCGCGAGCUGCCAGCUCGGCUAUUCGCACACUUCGAUAAGCUCUUGAGCAUCAAUUUGUCCGACAACAUGAUACCACAUAUCAAUCCACAGACCUUCGUGGGUGUUGAGGACACGCUCAUUCAUCUUGAUCUUUCGUACAAUCGACUCGCCGCCGUCGGAGAGAUCCCGUUGCGGUGGCUGCAGUCGUUGAACCUGGCUGGCAAUCAUUUGAAAAAAGUCGCGCCGGAAACGUUCAAGCACCUCAAUCGGCUGUUGCACCUCAAUAUCAGCGAUAAUCCACUCUACGGCGGAUUUCCACCGCUGUUCCCGCGCUCCUUGCUCUCUCUGGACGUCUCCAGGACUGGCCUGCAGAUACUGCCGCCGGUUCUGCUGCUGAAUCUCCUGAAUCUCGAGAGAAUUUCGCUCUCCGGCAACAGGCUGCGCAAGAUCGGAGAGAACACGUUCAAGCACUUGUUCAAUCUCACCAGCAUCGACUUGUCGUACAAUCAGAUCGAGGAGAUUGAAACCGAAGCAUUCGUGGGAUUGAUCAAUCUUUAUAGCUUGAACCUUCGUCGCAACAAGCUGAGAGUCUUCGCUGGAGAAUACUUCAACACUGGCACAGGUUUGGAAUACUUGGACCUGUCCCAUAACCAAUUGGAGCAUCUGACGCCCACUUCGUUCCUGAUCCAUCCGAGACUAAAGCAAGUGAACCUUGCUGGCAAUCGUUUCUCUACUUUCCCAAGCGAAUUCGUCAAGAAUCUACAAUUCAUCGAGUAUCUGAAUCUGUCGGAUAAUCGCAUCAGCUCCAUCGGUGAGUUCGGUUUCGCUCAAAUAGCACGACUACGAGAGCUUGAUUUAUCGGGAAACCGGAUCGAAACUGUGGACGAGUUAGCAUUCCACAAUUCGACGCAACUGCAGCAGCUCGAUCUCUCCAGAAACCGACUGGAGAGCUUGAGCGAGAGGAUGCUCGAAGGCGUUCUCCGGCUGGAAAAGAUCGAUUUGAUGAACAACCGGUUGAAUUCGCUACCGGACAAAAUAUUCGACACUUCGAGAAUCCGCAGCUUGGAAAGCGUCGAUAUCUCGGGCAACAAGUUCAUCGAGAUCCCUACGGAGGCACUGAGAAAGCAGAUGUCUAAUCUCCUGAGUUUGAACGUCGCUCGUAAUCGCCUGUCGGAGGUAUUCAAUCAGGACAUCAUCGACACUGUCAAGGAGUUAGAUCUCUCGGAAAAUCCUUUGAGCGAAAACUCCAGCUUCAGAAUACUCAGCGAGGCGAAAGUGUUACGCUCGUUGAACAUGGCAUCUUGCGGGAUUCACAGAAUAUCGAAAGUGGAAGCGCCGUUUUUACGACGCCUCGAUUUGUCGCGAAACAAUCUGGACGUCAUCGAAUCGUCGGCUUUCGAGCGUACGACGAUGCUGGAGGAGCUGAACGUAUCAAAGAAUAAGCUGCCGACCGUGAGCAUGAUUGCGAAUGCGUUCGGUACACCCCCGAUGCUGAAGAGUCUCGACAUCUCGAGCAACGACAUCAAGGCCAUUAACGAGAGUUCUUUGCACGGAUUCGAGACUCUGAAAGAGCUGAAGAUCGUCGACUUGGAGAAUUGCACGAGGAUCGAGAAGAAUGCUUUCAAAUCGAUGACCAAACUCCGCAGGCUAGAAGCUCACAAUUACCCGAGACUGGGCUACUUCGACGUGCAGGGUAUCACGAAAGGCAUGAAUAGCUUGAAAGUGUUGGAUAUCGAGAUCAAGGACUUGAACGCGGGCAACGAGCAGUUAUCCGUGAGGAUGCAUCCGCGCCUGAGAUCCUUGAGUCUGAGAGGCGAUCGGCUGAAUAACGUCCUGUCCAGUUUGCUCGUUGGCAUUAAGGCGCAGCAGCUUUCGCUAGGAUUGAAGAAUACCUCGAUAGAGGCGAUCCCGUCGACGCUGUUGUUCCCCGUACCACGUUCGACCAAGAUCGAACUGAACGUGGCUGGCAGCAAAUUGAAAACGAUCCCACAGCAGCUCGCUGCGGUGUUCGAGGAGCGAAACAACGCUUUCCAAAUGAAGGGGCUCGACAUCCAAAUCAAGUGCGACUGCAGCGUCAAGUACUUGUGGAGGUGGAGCAAGAACGCCGCAAGCGCCAGCGACAAUUCCAUCGAGUGUACCGCUCCCGAGUCACUGAAAAAUCAAUCUCUGAACGACUUGUUGGAGGAUCAGCUGUCGUGCGAGCCGGAGAAAACGACUGUGUUUCAAACGGAGCACACCGAAGCGACUACCAAUGCAAGGAGGCCGUCGACGAGUAUGGAGCCGGAAAUCAUUUGGACCGUUGCUUCGGCUACUCAGAGUUCGAGGCAUCCGCAAAGCAACAACGGCGACAAUUUCAUGAACGUGUCGAUAGGCUCGAUAAACGGCACCGACGACACACUGAUCAUCGGAAUCGUCGGCGGCGUGGUGGCAUUCAUCGCGAUCGUCGUCAUCAUCAUCUGCAUUUGCCGGUUACGCUGGAGCAAUCAGAUGAACGAGGCGCAGAUGCACGCCACUAUGGCACCGAGUAUACACGAGGCGUCGAUGCUGCGACCAGCAAGCGUCUACAGUGGGAAAAUCAAUCAAGAUCUCUACGUCGGCUCCUACAACGGCUCGACCCUGGGUCACAGCAAAAACAACGCGGGCAUAUCGUUGCCAGCUACCCCUGUGCAGAUGCUACCGUUCGUACAACCUGUGCCAAUGAUUCAGCCGUCCGCGGCUGGCCAGCCGAUUUAUGGAUACUACGACGGAUCCGGUAUGCCCAUUUACAUUACAACCGCGUGCGAGACUAAGCAGGAAAGAUAAAACUGGAUUUAUACUUGUAUUAUUACGCUGAGAAUUCACUUAACUAUUUAGUUUUUAUGCAUAAUUUAUACAAGUAUAUUUUUAUUGCCUAUUGAUAUAUUUCGUAAGAAAGUAUUAUAGAUAAAGGUUGAUGAGUGUAUUGAACUUUA